AUGUCUGGAAACCACGUUAUCGGAAACAGGAAUAGCACACCAGAGGCUAACAACACCUCGACCUUGCGACCGCCUUCUUCGAGAGCUGUCGGCUCCGGACACUCACUUCGCGCCUCGGCCGACAUGGCAUCCCUCUCUGGCCCUUCUCCGUCCAGCCGUAUUCGACCGUCUUCCGACUUCUACGGUCAGGCUCAGCAGAAUCUUGGCCCGAACAAUGCCGAGUCAGACUCUCAGGACAAGAUUGCCCAGCAAUGGAUUGCUGAUAUCGAUCAGUACGAGACGACACUGGAGGAAAUGGCUGCUGCUACUCUCGAUCAGGAUUUCAAGGACGAGCUCAGUGCCAUCGAGCAAUGGUUCCGUGUCCUGAGCGAGGCCGAGCGUACUGCUGCCCUGUAUGCUUUGCUGCAACAGACAACCCAAGUCCAAAUUCGCUUCUUCAUUCAGGUACUCCAACAGAUGGGCAAGAACCAUCCACUGUCAGGUGUUCUCUCUCCUGCUAGCUUCGACAAAGAUCCCAUGUCCAAUCGUCUUAGUGAUGCUAUGAACAAGCUGAAUGUCGAUUCCGCCCGCAACUCCAUGGCGCGCAGCUCCGUCAUUGCCCCAUCUACCAAGAGACACUCCGGACUCGAUCCUACAACCAUCAGCGCCAUGUUCCCCGACGCCGCAGCUGCUAUCGCGACCGAGAAGGCCAAGUUUACCCAGCAGACCGGAAACCCACCUUCAUCGAACCGUAACAGUAUCGCUCUGGAUCACCGGUCGUCCAUGGCUGCCCCUUCCAUCAGUGCUCCUCAGGAUAGUCGUGAUGCCGGGCCUGCUGGUUCCUCGCCUUGGCACAGUGGCGGGAAUGGAGACACCUCUGCGAAAGCACCAUCGGGCCAGACGCCGAUGGGUCAAUUUGUGCAGCCGACACCAUCAGGCGGUCUUCGAUCACCCCGCCCCCCCCAACUGUCAAGCAACAGUACGAUCCAGCAAACAACACUCAAUGCUCCCGAGAAAACCCCCGCAGAUUUGCCUUUGCUGUCACCCUACAACGCUGGCAGUGGUAACUGGGCUUCUAUGGUCAACACACCAAUGACAAGUACUUUCAAUGCAGCUGCCACUGGGGGCAACCAAGCUGACAUGGUUGCUAAUGCCACAGCCAUGAAGCUUGCGGCCCUGUCGACGGUUAACAACCGGUUCGCGCUUGAUGAUGUACGAAAGUAUCGUCGUGCUAGAUCCAAUGACGGUACACCUGGCAACGGCCAGAACCCUGUACCUACUGGUCCCCAGCAUGGCAUCAAUCUCCCGAAUGCUAAUGUAGUCAUGAUUAACGAGCACGGACAAGUACUUAGCCGGGAGCAGAUCAUGGCCCUUCAAGCACAGCAGACCCUCGGUUUGGGUGGCCAACGUUCUCGUCCUAGCUCUCCCGGGCUCGCCAUGCAGCCUGGACUUGCUCACAUGGCCCCUUUCGCCUCACCGCAAAACAAUGGUUUCCUCAGCGCAUACGAUGGAUCAUCGCCACUGUUGAGCGCUGGCAUGCAAUCUGUCAAUAUGGGUAGUCUUGGUAUGGGUGGCCACGAGGGUUAUCUGUCGGACCAUUCUGACAUGAAUCGUGGACGGUCUCCUCGUGGACGUCGCGGCAGCUCGAAGCCUCCGGAAGAUCCUACUGACCCAACCCUCCUACAGGACAUCCCUAGCUGGUUGCGAAGUCUUCGUCUUCACAAAUACACCGACAACCUUAAGGACAUGAAAUGGACGGAUCUUAUCGAGUUAGAUGACAAGGCCCUAGAGGAGCGUGGUGUGAACGCUCUUGGUGCACGCCGAAAGAUGCUCAAGGUCUUUGAGCAGGUCAAGGAAGCCAAGGCCGAUGGAAAACUGAGCUAG